CAGUCUCGAUCACACUCAGUCACAGAGAACACUAUUCGGAUAGGGUUUCCGAACCUAUCCGCUUGUCCUUUUUGCUCCGUUUUUUUUGGACGAACCACAGAGUGCAGUGAAAGUGAUCUUAGAAACAGUGAUAGUAGAUGUUGAUCGGCUGCAGGGGUCAUAGAUUACAGUGACGAUUGUGCAAAUCCAUGGGUUAGCAUGAUUUGAAGGACCUAAUUGACUCCGAUUGUUUUUUUGUUGUGUUGUAAUUUGAAACAGUGUUGGCGGUUUUGUACCUUGCGGGUAUUAUCAUGGUGACUUUAAUGCCCUGCAACUACUUGAAUGCUCAGACGUCCAGGUGCAGUAUGAUCGACAAAAUGUGCGAACCGAAGGUUAAAAGGGCAAGAACCGACGUCGUCUCAGAUUCUUCGGAUAGGGACAGGUUGGGAAUUGAAACAGGAUGUAGCCCCCAGAGUGGACACUCCUCUUCCACGUGCGGUAGUCCGCCAGCCACAGCGUCCACGGCAAACAGUUCUCACAAUUCCACAGACCCAUCCUCCACCUCCACAUCCACCUGCAUCCCCUCGCCAAAUUUCACAUCAUCUUGGUCGCUCCUAGCAGAAGCUUCCGGUAAGAGUCAGGCAGGUGUAAAAACCGAGAUAAGAAGUCCCGGCUUAACCGAAACAGAUGUGGCUACUCUGUCUCAAGAGUCUGGCUUUUAUGGAGCAUCAGUCGACUUGGGAAACGUCUACGACAAGGAGUAUCCAGGAUCGUACCCAACAGCACAUCAGUAUUAUAAUAGCAUGCAGCAGGCAUAUAGCUCCACAAACCCAGCAGCGGCGGCUGCUGCUGCAACGUACAUGAAUUCUUCAUUCUAUAACGCCUCCUCAUAUCCUUACUCUUCUCUAACAUCCACAAGGGGACUCAACUCCGCGUGUAAGGCAACGAGUGGCUACAUUUCAUCUCCCUACAGCUCUCCAGCUUCACCUUUUCAAAGUACAAGCCAAACAUCCCAAUAUUCCCCCUAUGCUUCAUACAAUGCACCUGGAACUUCUAGCUUUGCACAAGGAUUUUCCGCACAGGACUAUGGAACUUAUGGCACCUACACAGAUUCACAGGCAUCCCAGUUUUCAAGUUAUUAUUCCAACCAGUCUUAUUCACCUUACGUCAGUUCACCAAGUUCAAGUGGAAGCAUAGGAGCCUCAACUUACCAGUUAGCAACAACUUCACUAUCAGAGAGCUCCUCGAACGGCCUGAGUUUAGUUGAAAAUUCCACCUUACCUCUCAAAGUAGAUAGUGCAAGAAGAUCCCGUGAUUCCACAAAUAGCAUAGGACCCGAGACAAGAAGUACAAGAGGAAGGGGACGAAGGACAAACACAGUUUCUCCAACCACUCCCGAGUCAACAACAGAUAGAGUAUUUAUUUGGGAUUUAGAUGAGACAAUCAUCAUAUUCCACAGCCUUUUAACAGGAGGCUAUGCAACGAAGUUUCAAAAGGAUGCUCAAAAUGUGGUUCAGUUGGGCUUUAAAAUGGAAGAAAUGGUUUUCAACAUGGCCGAUUCACAUUUUUUCUUCAACGACCUAGAAGAAUGUGAUCAAGUUCAUAUAGAUGAUGUUUCAUCGGAUGAUAAUGGACAAGAUCUAUCAAAUUACAAUUUUAGCACUGAUGGCUUUCAUGCUGCCGCUGCAACCACAACUAAUUUAUGCCUACAGGCGGGAGUGAGAGGUGGUGUUGAUUGGAUGAGAAAAUUAGCUUUCAGAUAUAGAAAAAUCAAAGAAACAUAUAACACAUACAGAAACAGCGUUGGGGGUUUGUUGGGAACAACUAAAAGAGAACAAUGGAUUCAACUGAGAGCAGAAAUUGAGGCUGUCACAGAUAAUUGGCUUACUUUAGCGAAUAAGUGUUUAACUCUAAUAAAUUCGAGAAGUAAUUGUGUGAAUGUCCUCGUUACUACCACACAAUUGAUUCCAGCACUUGCCAAAGUUCUAUUAUUCGGAUUAGGAGGUGUCUUCCCUAUUGACAAUAUCUAUUCAGCAACUAAAAUAGGUAAAGAAAGUUGCUUCGAGCGUAUAGUGACGAGAUUUGGCAGAAAAUGUACUUAUGUUGUGAUUGGCGAUGGACCUGAUGAAGAAUCAGCUGCAAAAGCUUUAAAUUUUCCUUUCUGGAGAAUAAAUAGUCAUAGUGAAAUAGCAGCAUUAUACAAUGCUUUAGAUAUGGACUUCUUAUGAUUCAACUACCAAAAAAACAAAUUUUUAUAUAUUAUGUUUUAUAUGAAGAUUCUCAUUAUAUGUUUUGUGGAUGUAUUAUAAAAAUUGUACAUACAUAAAUAUUGUAAUAAAUGUAUUAAGUUACACUAAAAGUAUAUAAUAGAAAAAAGAAAUUUCUCA